AUGAGCAACAAGGACAUCAUUGAAUCCUCGAGCGCUCUCCUCAAAGCACUCGACAAUCGCAGCUACAAAACAGCCACCGAUAUCCUUGCCACACUACGGACACGCGUCCUUGCUUCUGAUUCAGUGCUACGAGAUACAAAGAUUGGCUUGACGGUGGGUAAGUUGCGCAAGCAUGAAGAUAAGCUUGUUGCAGCAGCAGCGACGGAGCUUGUCAAGAAGUGGAAGAAUGAAGUGACGUCUGCCAAAGCGCCGAGUGGGACGACUGAGACGAGCGCGACAACAGCGACGGGAAAGGAGGACGGAAAAGCGACAGAUGGAAAAAAUGCGGCAGCAUCGACGAAGACGCCGAGAACGGUGGAUACAGACAAAAUCCACUAUGCACUACUCAAUGACGCCGUUCGCAAUAAUUGCGUCAAGCUGGUGUACAAUGGUUUGGCGAUUGACUCGGAUGAACGGCCGGCAGCGAUACUGGAAAAGGCACGCGCUCUGGAAGCGACGGUCUUUGAACAAUUCGAUCGGAAAGCAGAAGCUGGAUACAAACAAAAGAUUCGUUCGUUGUUCCUCAAUCUCAAGGGUAACAACAUCUCACUGAGGCACGACGUACUCGAUGGGACACUCUCUGUGGAGAGGCUAGCAGUCAUGACUGCCGAUGAAAUGGCAUCCGAUGAAGUGAAAGCACGCAACGAAGCACUACAAAAGGCAAACAUCUUCAAUGCAAUGGCAGCAACCGCGCAAGUAGCGAGUACAGACAUGUUUCAAUGUGGCAAGUGUAAGAAGCGCGAAUGCACAUACUACCAGAUGCAAACACGUUCUGCUGAUGAGCCGAUGACGACGUUUGUGUCGUGUACAUUCUGUGGCAAUAAGUUCAAAUUUUGA